AUUACUAAGUAGCGAACUUGAACCAGAGGUCGCGCUUACCCGUUCCAGUCUUGACGUGCAUCAUCUGCCCUACUUUGCCAUCAUAUCUGACUCUUUGGAUUCCUGGUAAUGGUUUGAUAAUUUUCACCCGUGUCUCGCAUUUCCCUUCCUUACAGACCAUGUAUUUCUACCCUUCUUUCUCUCUUUCCCCUCUUACUCUUCAACUCACACCACGCCGCUUCUGAGCACAGACCAGUGAACCAACCAUCUUUUUACUCCAUCUUUUUUCACAUUACCUCCCUAUCACCAUGACGCAGAGAGUUGUUGUGGUCGGAGCCGGGCCAGUAGGCUCUUUGGCUGCGCUUUAUGCAGCCGUACGUGGGUUUGAAGUAGAUGUCUACGAGCUAAGAGCAGAUCUUCGAGACCCCAACACCACACCAUUAAACUUCUCCAAGUCUAUCAACCUUGCUCUAUCGGAGCGAGGUAUCCACUCCCUUCGCAAGACCGGACUAUCCGACCUUGCAGAUGCAGUCCUGGCAGAGACAUUCCCCAUGCAUGGUCGCAUGAUCCAUAUAAGAAAGAAUGGAGAGUAUGUUCGACAGCCACAGAUCUAUGAUGCGAGAGGGAGAAAUUUGUUAGCUAUGGACCGAACAGGUCUCAAUAAGACCUUGCUUGACCAUCUCGAGGCCAUGCCUAACGUCAAGCUCAUGUUCAAUCACAAAUUGGUCGGCGCAGACUUCCGGAAGAAGACCGCAUGGUUCGAGCAUCGUACCAAGUCUCCUGAAGAGCAGGGCGACGAAUUCGAAAUCAAUUUCGAUCUCAUGAUCGGUGCGGACGGUGCACACUCAGCGGUGCGAUAUCACUUGAUGAAGUUUGUCCCCAUGUCGUUUCAGCAAGAGUACAUCGACAAACUCUGGUGCCAGUUCAACGUUCCAGCCACACCGGACGGCGAAUUCAGAAUACCUCCAAACUACCUACACAUCUGGCCCCAGGACGAAUCUAUGUUCAUCGCUCUCCCAAACCUAGACAAGACGUUCACAUCAACGCUUUUCUUGACCAGGGAAGGCUUUGAGCAAUUGGACGCGUCUGGAAAAGUAGUCGAGUACUUCAAUGAGAGGUUCCCAGGUGUGGUUCCUGAUCUCAUCACCGAAGACGAUCUUCGCAAGCAGUACACAUCUAACCAGCACCUACCUUUGAUCUCGAUCAAAUGUACUCCGUAUCACUACGGAGAUUCUGGUGUUAUCUUAGGGGAUGCGGCCCAUGCUAUGGUACCGUUCUACGGCCAAGGAAUGAACGCUGGACUGGAAGACGUUCGCGUUCUUUUCGACUUCAUCGACAGGUAUCCCGACGACCGAUCAAAGGCGCUAGAUGAAUAUACCAAGGAGCGCACUCCUGACGCACAUACCAUCAACGAUCUUGCCGACGGUAAUUAUCGCGAGAUGGCAAGCGACGUCAAGAAGCCGCUAUAUCUACUGCGAAAAUGGGUGGAGGAGCAACUCUAUAUCUACGUUCCGAGCAUUGGCUGGGCCACGCAGUAUUCACGGGUCACAUUCAGCAACAUGCGAUACUCCGAGGUUCGGCAAGCAGCACAGAGGCAGGCCAAGAUCCUCAAUGGCGUUGCUGGUCUGGUGUUGGCUUCUGUUGCUGGUACCGCUUUCUGGUUCGCGCGAUCUGGUGGCGCACAACACGCGAAAAUGGGCAUCAUGAGGUCGAUCUGCGUCGUUGCGCAGAAGUUGCAGAAGCUCACAGAAGGUUGAGCAGUACUGAUACCAUCAUGAACUGAGACUUGUGCCAGAGUUGUAAUAUCAUAUGUUCCUACUAUACUGUACAUCUUCAUCUAAACUAACAAUCAUCAUAAGUGCACAGAAAGCGAUUUCGCGCAAGUAAUAAAUGCCAACAUUUUCCGCAUAACCUCCUCAACUUUUCCAAAAUUUUACUCUACCUUCUAGACUUCGAUGCCAGCGGCUUCAACACCAGGGUGGAAAGAUGUCCAGGCAGAGCUUUGAUGGAUCG